AUACUAAUUUCUUGCAUCCUGGGUGUAGACUAUGAGAACAAUAAUUCAGUAAUUGCUAGCUAAACAAUGUGCAGCUAAAACAUUUGAGGGGCAAUUAAAGGGCCAGGAUUUCAUUGUUAAAUGAGUCAUUACAUUCCAAACCGACUGCCACAGUUUCCAUUCACAUUUCAAAAUAUUGACUAUUCUUUCAGUCUACCCUCGCACCCUCACCACAGCAGAUGCUCUGACGGCAGUGUGACGGUCGCCAUGAUGAGCUGGGAUUUUGCCUGCAGCAGCAAGCUGUAGCUCGAGACGGCAAGCGACCAGGGGAGGCAAGGGGGGAAGGCAGUGUCCUGGAUUGGUAUGAGCAAGAAUACAGUAUUUUCAUGACGGGAAAGGGUUAACCCGUCAGAGAAAGCGCAUUUUCGACGGACACGGCCAUGGACACAAACUCGAACCAUCGUUUUAACCUGUGAAGAGGGCCAGGCAGAUGAUUUUAGUAACAUUUUAAUUAGAGGAAAGAACUAGCUAGCUUGCUAGCUAAGCCUUUCGCCCUUCCAUUCUCAGACUCAACAGAGGAGGGGCAUUGGGGCUUUGUAGCAUUGCAGAUCUAGUGCUGAUGCAUUUUUUUGUUGCUGCAGAAUAAUGGAUAACCACAGAUACCAACAACUCAGGGUAUUGCUAUAACUGCAUUGUCACGGGAAUCUUUUAUUGGGAGUGUUUUGUUUGCCAGAAGAAGACAAAAAUACGAAAGGAAAUACCACCAGCAGCUUUCAUUGGGCUACGUCAAAAUCUGCCGGCCAGGGCAGGGUCUGGUAAUUGGGAGUUCUCCUUUAUGCAUCUUGGGGGAAUAGGUUCAAUAAAAUGAGGAAAUAUUACAUGUCUCUCACACCUCCGAGAUACUCUAUCGAUACCUUUUCGAGAGGUGGAUCAUCAUGAUAGACCUAUGUUUAUUUUAGCUCGUUAUAGCUUCCUUGCCUCACAAAGCUUCAAAGUUUUUUUUUCAUUUUGCUACAAGGUGAGACAAGCUAAGGCUAACUUCUGGUCGUCCGUGGCCGCCUGAAGAAGAAUAUAGCGAAGGCUUAACCAUUUAAGUGAGUUUCUAUAAUUUCCUCUACUAACAUCACCUGAUUUCAGUUGGAAUCAUGUCGGGAGAAGUCCGUUUGAAGAAACUGGAAAAGCUGAUUCUGGACGGCCCAGCUCAGUCAAAUGGCCAAUGCCUCAGUGUGGAAACGCUCUUGGAUAUCCUUGUCUGUCUUUAUGAUGAAUGCAACAACUCACCCCUCAGAAGAGAGAAAAACAUUUUAGAGUUUCUGGAUUGGGCCAAACCCUUCACCUCCAAAGUGAAACAGAUGCGCCUGCACAAAGAGGACUUUGAGAUCCUCAAGGUGAUUGGACGAGGGGCCUUUGGAGAGGUUGCUGUGGUCAAGGUGAAGAAUGCAGAGAAGGUGUUCGCCAUGAAGAUCCUCAACAAGUGGGAAAUGCUGAAGAGAGCUGAGACGGCGUGUUUUCGGGAGGAGCGUGAUGUGCUGGUCAAUGGGGACAGCCAGUGGAUCACCACCCUACACUACGCCUUCCAGGACGACAACAACCUGUACCUGGUGAUGGACUACUAUGUGGGCGGGGACCUGCUCACCCUGCUCAGUAAGUUUGAAGACCGGUUGCCUGAGGACAUGGCUCGGUUCUACUUGGCUGAGAUGGUGCUGGCCAUCGACUCCGUGCACCAGCUGCACUACGUCCACAGGGACAUCAAGCCAGACAACAUUCUGAUGGACAUGAACGGUCACAUCCGCCUGGCUGACUUCGGCUCCUGUCUCAAACUCAUGGAAGACGGCACGGUCCAGUCGUCGGUGGCUGUGGGGACCCCGGACUACAUCUCUCCAGAGAUCCUGCAGGCCAUGGAGGACGGGAAGGGGAAGUACGGUCCGGAGUGCGACUGGUGGUCCCUGGGGGUGUGCAUGUAUGAGAUGCUCUACGGAGAGACGCCCUUCUACGCCGAGUCGCUGGUGGAGACCUACGGCAAGAUCAUGAACCACAAGGAGGAGUUAGGGGCUGCUGAACGUUUCCAGUUCCCCUUGCAGAUGACGGACGUGUCUGAAGACGCCAAGGACCUGAUCCGGCGUCUCAUAUGUAGCCGAGAGCACCGCCUAGGCCAGAAUGGCAUCGAGGACUUCAAAUCUCACCCCUUCUUUUCAGGCAUUGACUGGGACAACAUCCGUACCUGCGAGGCCCCCUACAUUCCGGAGGUCAGCAGCCCCACCGACACGUCCAACUUUGACGUUGACGACGACUGCCUCAAGAACUCUGAGACGAUGCCCCCUCCCUCUCACACAGCCUUCUCUGGACACCACCUGCCCUUCGUAGGCUUUACCUACACCAGUAAAUGUACCCUGUCUGACCGUGGCUGUCUGAGGGAGUCGGGUGGUAGUGGCCAAGGCCAGAUGGACGUGUGUGUCCAGCGCAGUUUGGAGGAAAGUCUGGCUGCCGAGGCCUACGAGAGGAGGAUACGACGCCUGGAGCAGGAGAAGACCGAGCUCAGUCGCAAGCUGCAAGAGUCAACCCAGACAGUACAAGUUCUGCAGCAUGCGUCAGGCGAAGGACCAGCCCCUGUUCUCUCUAACAAGGAAGUGGAGAUCAAGAGUCUGAAGACUGAGAUUGACAUCCUCAAAAAACAGAUUGCUGACUCUGGUCAUCUGGAGCAGCAGUUGGAGGAAGCUACGUCCGCUCGUCGAGAAAUGGAGGAUUCAUCCAAACUCAUCAGGAGCCUGGAGAAACAAAUGAAAAGCCUCAACAUGGAGAGGGAUGACCUGCACAAGGACUUACUGGAGGCGAGUGAGAAGAUGAAGACUCAGUCCAAGGAGUUAAAAGAGGCCCACAGCCAGAGGAAGCUGGCCAUGCAAGAGUUCUCCGAGCUCAACGAGCGUCUGACUGAGCUCAGAUCAGCCAAGCAGCGUCUGGGCCGCCAGCUCCGGGACAAGGAGGAGGAGAUGGAGGGUUUGUCCCAGAAGGUAGAGGCCCUACGGCUGGAGGUGCGCAAAGCAGAGAGGGCCAAGAAGGAGAUGGAGGCCGUGUCUGAGGAGCAGGCUGCAGACGCCCAGAAAGAGAGGAAGCUGAGAGAACGAUCGGAGCAGUACAGCAGACAGUUGGAGGAGGAGCUGGACGGUCUCAAGAAGCAGCUGGGGCCGUCUCCCUCGGUGGUGGGAUCGGACCAGAGCCAGGAGGUGGGGAAGCUUCGUGCCGACCUGGAGAAGAAGACACUGUUCUAUGAGGAGGAGCUGAGCCGGAGGGAGGUGCAGCAUGCCAACGAACUCAAGGGCCUCCGCAAGGAGCUCCGCGACGCUGAGGGGCAGCAGCUAGCCCUGCAGAAGGAGAUCCUCAUCCUCAAGGACAAACUGGAGAAGACGCGGAGGGAGAGCCAAAACGAGCGAGAGGAGUUUGAGACGGAGUGCAAGCUGAAAUACGAGAGAGAGCGGGUCAUUCUAAACGAGGAGAACAAGAAAAUUUCCAGCGAACUGGACAAGUUGACGUCCAUGUUUGAUAAGGUGAACAGCCACAACCGUCAGCUGGAGGAGGAGAUGAGGGAGCUGGCUGACAAGAAGGAGAGUGUGGCUCACUGGGAGGCCCAGAUCACUGAGAUCAUACAGUGGGUGAGUGAUGAGAAGGAUGCGCGAGGCUACCUGCAGGCUCUGGCCACUAAGAUGACAGAGGAGCUGGAGGGACUGAGAAACACCAGUCUGGGAGCCAGGGCCACGCAGGACAUGCCCUGGAAGGUGCGGAGAUUUGCGAAGCUGGACAUGUCAGCCCGUCUGGAGCUGCAGUCUGCCCUGGACGCUGAGAUCAGAGCCAAGCAGAGCAUCCAGGACGAGCUGAAUAAAGUCAAGGCCUCCAACAUCUCAACUGAGUGCAAACUGCAAGAGUCUGAGACAAAGAACCAGGAACUUCUAUCUGAGAUCGAGAGACUGAAGAAAGAGACAGAAGAGCUCCGUCUGCGCCGCGGUGUGAAGCACCAGGACUCCCAGAACUCUUUCCUGGCCUUCCUCAACGCCCCCACCUCAGCCCUGGACCAGUUCGAUCGUUCUCCAUCCGUUGGGCCAACUAGCAAGGGCAGACGUGUGGACUCGGUGGAUAACUUCACUCCCUCGAACACUCCAUCCAGGGACGAGGACUCCAAGUCCCAGCUGAAGUCCCGCUCCAGAUCGCCCUCCACGGCCAGCAUGGUGUCCCCACCGGAAACAGUAGACCACCCCCCUUGCACAGUCCAGACCCCCACCACGCGAUCUGGCGGUUACGGUAGCAUCGGCCGCUCGUCACCCAAGCCCAAAGCCCACCAGUUUGUGGUGAAGUCCUUCAGCGUUCCGACCAAGUGCAACCAGUGUACCUCUCUCAUGGUGGGGCUCAUCCGCCAGGGCUGCACCUGCGAAGUGUGUAACUUCUCGUGCCACGUGACGUGCGCCGACAAGGCCCCGGCGGUUUGCCCCGUGCCACACGACCAGACCAAGGGGCCGCUGGGUAUCGACCCGCAGAGGGGCAUCGGCACCGCCUACGAGGGACACGUCAGAGUGCCCAAACCCACGGGGGUGAAGAAGGGUUGGCAGCGGGCACUGGCUGUGGUGUGUGACUUCAAGCUCUUCCUGUACGAGCUGGGAGAGGGCAAGGCCACGACACCCAGCGUGGUGGUCAGCCAGGUCAUAGACAUGAGGGAUGAGGAGUUUUCAGUCAGCUCAGUUUUGGCGUCCGACGUCAUUCACGCCAGUCGUAAGGACAUCCCAUGCAUAUUCAGGGUGACGGCGUCCCAGCUGUCCGCGUCCUCCAGUCACAAGCCGUCCAUCCUAAUCCUGGCGGACAGCGACCACGAGAGGAACAAGUGGGUGGGGCUCCUCAACGAGCUGCACCGCAUCCUCAAGAAGAACAAGCUGAAGGAGCGCUUCGUCUACGUGCCCAAAGAGGCCUACGACAGCACGCUGCCGCUCAUCAAGACCACGCAGUCUGCCGCCAUCAUAGAUCACGAGCGGGUUGCCCUGGGUAACGAGGAAGGCCUUUACGUCAUCCACGUCACCAAAGAUGAGAUCAUCCGCGUGGGCGACAACAAGAAGGUCCACCACAUCGACCUGGUCCCUCAGGAGCAGCUGUUAGCGGUCAUCUCCGGUCGCAACCGCCACGUCCGCCUCUUCCCGUUGGCCGCGCUGGACGGCAGGGAGAUGGACUCCUACAAGCUGGCCGAGACCAAGGGGUGCACGGCGCUGGUGUCCGGGCCGGUCCGGAACAGCUCCAUCACCUGCCUGUGCGUGGCCAUGAAGCGACAGGUUAUCUGCUACGAGGUGAACAAGAGCAAGGUGCGCCAUCGCCGCCUGCGGGAGCUCCAGGCCCCGGCUCCCGUCCAGUGGAUGGGGCUGCUGAGCGAGCGGCUCUGCGUGGGCUACCAAGCCGGCUUCACGCGCUACAGCGUCCACGCGGACUGCGCUCCGGUCGGCCUGCUGCACCCGGAGGACCACACCCUGGCCUUCAUCUCCCAGCAGGGCCUGGACGCCCUGUGCGCUGUGGAGAUCUCGUCCAAGGAACUGCUGCUCUGCUUCUCCGCCAUCGGCGUCUACGUGGACUCGCAGGGGCGACGUUCGCGCCAGCAGGAGCUGAUGUGGCCCGCCGUGCCCAACUCUGCCUGUUACAACGCCCCCUACCUGUCAGUGUACAGUGAGAACGCUGUCGAUGUGUUUGACGUCAACACCAUGGAGUGGAUCCAGACCAUGCCUCUGAAGAAGGUGCGUCCGCUGAACCCAGAUGGAUCCCUGAACCUUUUGGGUCUGGAGACGGUGAGGCUGAUCUACUUCAGGAACAAGACGGCAGAGGGUGAUGAGUUGGUGGUUCCCGAGACGUCAGACAACAGCAGGAAGCAGAUGGUUCGCAGCAUGAACAACAAGAGACGCUUCUCCUUCAGAGUCCCCGAGGAGGAGAGACUGCAACAGAGGAGGGAGAUGCUGAGAGACCCGGAGAUGAGGAAGAAGCUGAUCUCCAACCCCACCGACUUCAACCACGUGGCCCACAUGGGACCCGGCGACGGCAUCCAGAUCCUCAAAGACCUGCCCAUGCAGAGCGUGCGCGCCCAGGAGAGUCGCGCCGCUGGCUUCAGCGGUUCCGUCUCCAUCCCCUCCAUCACCAAGAACAGAGCAGAACCGGGACGCUCCAUGAGUGCCAGCAGCGGAUUGGGCAUCCGUUCGUCGUCUCAAAAUGGCAAUGCGUUGAGGAGAGAGCUGUCCGGGGGUAGCUACAGUUCCAAGCGCCAGACCAUGACCUCUCCCUCCGAGAGCUCCUUGUCCUCCGGUGGGGGUAUGGACUGCUGCAGCGACGCGCCCCUCUCCCAGUUUGACAGAGAGUGGCAGGCGGUCUCGCCAUCGGAGAAGACCCCCGAUCUGAAAAGGGCUUUAAGGACCCUGCUUAGUAAGAUGAAGGACUCUGACUCGCCCCGUCACUCGACUGCGUCAAACAGUUCUACGUUCAGCAGUCCCCCCAGCCCCAGCUCUCCCCACAAGACCAAGUCCCUCUCCCUGGAGAGCACCGACCGGAUGACCGGCUGGGACACAUGAGACGAGACAGACAGCACAUCGCCCCAUUCCCUGGCCCUCACCAAGCCCUGGGCCCGCCUCCCUCUCCCGGGCUAAGCCUGCCCCAUGUCUACCCAUUGCCCACGGAACUGCAUCUGCUGCCACAGCUGUCACAGCCUAUCCCUUGCCCCUCCCGCUUGUUUACUUGACCUUUGACCCCCCACUAAGUUCCCAAGCUGGAACUGAAAUCGACAAAACAAAGGGAAAGGAUGCUUUUGACCAAGAGGGGAAAUACCAGGAAGGCUGUUAGUUGAUAUAUGUGUGUGUGUGUGUGUGUGUGUGUGUUUGUGCGUGCGUGUGUAUGUGCAUAUGUUUUUGUGCGUGCGCGUGUGUGUUUUUGAAAGAGGGCAUGCAACAUAAGAAUCAAAUUGACACCCCCUUCCAACUGCUUUUCGCUAAAAAACAGAAAGUUUUAUUGAGUACUUUUGAUUGCAGCACUACUAGCCCCGAUGUUAAAGUCUCAUGUCAUUGUGAUGAGACCCGGAAACCUCAAGACAAAAAAAGAACAGGAUGAAUAGGAAACGACAGAUAAUCUGAUGUGUGUACAUAGCACCCUUUGGGCUUGGGGGACCACCUUUUAUUUAUGAAUCUAAGACAUAGAGAAGGUGCUUUGCUGCUAGAGGCGAAAGAGGGGAUGCUUUCUCUCUCCAUCCCUCUCGCUGUCCUUCGGUUGCUUUCUUCUGGAACGGUAGUUGAGAACAGCAGAAGAGCGAACUCCAUUCACAACACAAGGCUCACAAAUACACAAGAAAAGAAAAAAAAAAGAACACAAUGAUGUUUAUUUUUUGUUUUGCUCAUGUGAAAUAUGUGCAGUGACAUGUUUGUACCAUCAGCAACAGUAAUGCGCAAAAAUAAAAUGGUGAGGGGAUUUUAACUCUAGGUGACUCCUCGCCGGCUUCUUGUUCUAGAAUUCUUAGGGACAGCUGUGUUUAGAAGCAGACUGAACAUUCUACGAUGACAUCACGGCUCCUUCUGCCACUUCCUCAUGACAUGGGCCAGUGACCUCAUCUACCUAUCUGGGACCAUUGGAUCAUGCCCCAUGUAGUGUAGACCAAGCACCCUAAGUACAGUAAUUGACCAACCACAGUCCCAUCCCAAAAAGCUGAUUUCCAUCACAACGAUGUACAUAGGUUAAAAGUAGAGAAUAAUAUAUGAUGAGGAAAAUACUAUAGGGAAAUGAUGGGAAAAGAUCCACAAUUUAUUUUUAUUCUUUGAAAAUAAUUUGGGGUUAUUCAUAAGAAAGCCAUUUUAAACCACUUCAAUUUUUUUAAUGAUUUCUUUUAGGUUGUUUUUUUUGUCCUAGCUUAUGUAUGAGACUGUCUAGGGUUUAUAAAGAUUUGCCUUGGAGGAAACCCAUUAUGGGUCACAUGGACCUGUGCUGGCAGUUGAAGAUGUGCAUGUAUUUGAAGCGUUAGUCCUAUCACACACUUUCCCACUCCCCUCCACCUCACUAUGAUCCACUGUUGAGGUAGGAUUGCAUAUUUCCUAGAGAUUCAGAAACCACGUGUGUAUUUCCAUAGUAUUCUGUGUGGUACUGAUCUGUGAACCACAAAUGUCCUUAGACGUCUGAAAGAGAUUUUGCAAAGCUUGUUAUAACCAAAAAGAAGAUUGACUUGAAUCUCGAGUCUUUGUUAUUUUUCAGACAGCCUUGCUAAUUUUGAAGAAUGUUUUUGAUAGGUUAGGGGAAAAAGACACUAUUGUAAAGAGAUGUUGAUUUGAAUACACAGGCAGCACUAGGUUGAAAUAAGGGUCAAAAAAGGGUGAAAGAAUGUCAAUGAAAUGCCAGGAAGGUCAACGUUUCAUUUCUGUUACAAUCCUCCCUGCUGUCAUGUCAUUAUUCUUACUGUCAACUGGUAAGCCAUGUAUAACUAUCUGUUAAUGGAAUUACCUUGAUGAAAACCAGGAUUGGGAUUCAUUCCUUUUUAAUGCAGUCAUUUCAGGGAGUAAAAUGGAAGUUCCAUUCCAAAUCCCAUUUACCUCAAUGCUUCCCUGUUAGACAAAUUUGGAAUAAGAAUUUCAUUUUACUUCAGGAUUUUGCCUGAAUUGAAAAUAAUUGACCCUAAGGCCAAUGCAAACCACAGCAUAGUGUUGUUGAUCUGUAUUUAUGUGUGAAAAGGAAACAAUUUACUUGAUAUUGUUUCAGAGCUUUGGGUUUGUGUGCCUCAAUCAGCUGACACUUAUCUCUCAAGAGGAAGGGAGGUAACUCUUAUUCUGGAAGGGGGGCUGUUAUUAUGAAAGUACAUUUUUUCAUUUCUUACAAGGAAUUGUUUUUGUUCCAGACCAUUUAAUUAACAACCAUUGUUACUGGCAGUAAAAGGGACCUUCUGUCUUAAGGUUUAGACAUUGGUUUGGGUGGGUUGAAGUGAACCAAGUAGUCAACAUGGCAGUAUCUGUUCUAGUCAAACAUAAUAAAAUAAAAAACAACACAUUUCUGCUUUUAUUCCUGCCAGUGGGGGCCUAGACCUUAACUCUAAAUCACAAUUCUAUUUUAUCCCCUUGUAGAAUACAGCCAUUCAUUAUCUCUUGCCUACUCAUUCCACGUUUUUAGAAAUCAAUUUUAUAUUGAGCUUGUUAAAAAAAAAACAAUCUGGAGGAGUCAAGUCUCACUAAGCUUGUUUUACUCAACCACCUGAACUUAAUCACCUCCUCAGAUUUAUUUCUAAGCUACCAAGUCUACCUAUUCAUAUCUGCUGGACCUUAUCUGUAGAAUGUAUUAGCUGAGAACAAUGACAAAAUAUCUUCGUCUAAAAGUAUUUAGACCAGGCUUUGUACUGUUCAGUUAAAGCCCUGAAGUCCCACAUAAAAAAAAAAACUAAAAAAACUCAGGAAUGUCCGAACCAAUGAUUAUUUUCAUCCUAACAAUGACAAUUAGCGUCAUGGAACCGACUACGCUUGGGAAAACGAGCUACAUUUAUCCAAUGUGUAGCUAGCUGUGACUCGGCGUAAGGGUUGAAUAGUUCAGCUGGAAGGAAAGACGUAAACAGGAAAACGAAAGAUGAAAUUGUUUUUGAAUUGAGGAUGAAUGGGGGUGUGGCUUUAAUGAGCUGAUGGAGGGUAUUAGUUUGAGGCUGAGGUGCCACCAUGUAAACCAUGAAAAAAAAAUAUCAACAAAUAAAACGCCUUUGCAUUUCAGUGAGGUCUUCAGUUCUUUCUAUAUUAUUUUGCUCUUUCAUAUCAUAUUACACUUUUUUGUUAUUUUGUUUUUCUAGAAUUGCUUUGUAAUAAUUUGUACAGUUUUGCAUGUUAUAGAUGUAAUCAUUUUUUGUUUUGGGAUUUGUUUUUAAUUUUGACUUGCUUAUUUUAUUUGAACGGUUUGGGAGUUUUACUGAGGAUGACCCACUACAGGUGAUGUAGAUUCUUUUUGCACAGAAAUAUUUAAGGUGUACGGUCAAACAAAUGUAUGGAAACUGGCCACCACGCUUAUGUGGAGAACUCAUAUUAACCUGACUCCGAUGUAUUUCAAUAAAGCUGGGCUGUUAGAAAUACGGCUUCACUGAA